AUGUCACACUAUCCGAUUUGUUUAUUGCCUGAAGACAUUUCUUACCAAUGGUUUCGUACCAGUGCUAUCAUAGAUGGACCGCAACCGAAUAUGAAUCGAGCAACCCCCAAUGUCAUGACCAACACGUCCAUGCAAGGAUGGAACGUCUUCGAUGCAACACCAUUGGGAGAAACCGGAGUCAUCCAAUCGCAUGGCGCUUUUGCAGCUACACAAUUUCCCCGCGCAGGAGCCUCCCAGACUUCCUCUCCUUUAGCAACUGGCUACGAAAGCUCAGAGUUUGAUUGUUCGCUACAAACAUCCCCUCUCGGGCUCAGCCCCAUCUCCACAUCAUCUCGAGAACACUCGUAUUCUUCACCAGACACAAGACACAAUCUCUCAGACAAAAGCUCAACCCAUCGCAAACUCGGCCGACCACGCACCAGUCGUACUCCAUUCAUGUCCCCAAGUCCUCACCGGACACCGUGCUUGCCCCACAAGCAAGUCGAGCGCAAAUACCGAGAAGGCUUGAACAUGAGCUUUGAACGACUGCGCAGGGCAGUGCCUACACUACCACGAAGUGUCAAUUCUGAUGUCAUGGGCUCUGCAAAGCCAAGUAAAGGCAUGGUGUUGGCGGCGGCAAUUGAGUAUAUUGGGAAGGUCGAGAGGGAGAGAGACGCUGCCUUGAGUAAUCUGGCGAAACGAAAAGAAAACAUGAGGGUGAUGAAUACGUAG